AUGCUCCACGAAAUCCUGCUCUCCCUCUCAGGACACCCUUCGCCCCUGCUCCGAACCGCCCAAGCCUCAGGCCCCGAUGCGCCCGCCAGUGCCCUGAUCUCGCCGCCCGAGCGCGAGCUCCUGCGCUCUGUCGCGCACCUGAGCGAGCUGCACGUCAAGCUGCUCAGCUUCGGUGCCCAGAUAGCCGCCUCGCACCGGUCCAUGAUAUGCCGCGCCGUGGCCACCGCCGUCAGCAGCCUGCACCUGGCCGCCUUCCAGCGCAAGGUGCUGGACGUCGAGGACACCAUCCUGCGCAAGGAUGCUGGCCUGGUCGGCGCCUACAACAUCGUGCCGCUGACGGCCGUGGUCGGCGAGUUCAGCGGGUGGACUAGGAGGCUGGAGUGGAUGUGGGAGACGGUGCAGUUCAUGCUCGCCGCCGAGAGGCGCUCAGACGGCACCGAGACCUUCUGCACUGGCGCGGCUAUCAUCAACAGGCUACGGGGCGAGUUGCAGACCGGGUAUGCGGAUGUCGAGGAGACCGCCCGGAGCUUGGUCCAGGUCGCCGAGACGGCCUGGGUCAAGCAGGUGUCGGCUUGGAUUCUUUACGGCCGUCUCCCUGGAUUUGGCGCCGAGGAUUUCUUCAUCCAGUUGCCGGCGGAUGGCGAGGAUGACUUCGUCUCUGUCCCAGACCUUCUCCCAUCAUUCGUCACCUCACCGACAGCCGCGUCCAUGCUCUUUAUAGGCCGUUCUCUGAACCAUAUCAGGGCUAAGAGCAGCCUGGAGGGCGGCAUGCGGGGGAUGGAUCACCUAUCGUCGCAACUCCGAGAGCUCUCCCAGUUGACAUAUCCCUUGGACAGUGCAACCUUCUCAAGGACAAUCACAAGCAUAAGGCUUUUUCUCUCUCGACAUACCCUGCAGAUGCUCCUGCCAUUGUCAAGGGUCCUCGAGAUGCUCCAUCUUCUCCGGGACUUCUUCCUCCUCGGACGUGGCGAGUUCGCCAUGGCUCUCACCCAGCAGGCAGACGAGAAGAUUCGCAGCAGGUGGCGGAGGUCCGACAGUUUGGCCCAUGAGAAGCGCGAUGGCCUGAGCGGCGUCGUCGUCAAGGAAGGUGAAGUCAUCGCGGUCCUGGCCCGGACUUGGGCCGCGAUGAGCUCAAUGCAGGGCCACCAGGUGGAAGAGGACGAGGGUCUCGAAAUGGCCAGGGGCCUUCUCAAGCUAACUCUGGCGAAGCCAAAAUCGGCCACCCCUGCGCGGCUGGGGCCAGCGAGCCAGAUAGUGCCGACCCCAUUCCGCAAUCUCAUGUUCUCUGUUCCUGUCACCCUCACCGUCAGUGUUCCCUCGCCACUGGACCUGUUCCUCAGCCAGUCGGACGUGCAGGCUUACACAGCUAUCAACUCCUACCUUCACUCCAUCCGCCGUGCACAUCUCCGACUCACAGACCUGUGGAAGAUCACACCGCUCAGGAGGCACCACCCGCCGCCUCCUGCGCCGGCUUCGGGGAGUACCAAGGGCGGCCGGGCUCGAGUGAUCCUUUUGCGAGAGCGACAGGCCCGUCGGAUGCUUGCCAUGCGCAGCACAUGGACCACGUGCAGCGCGGCGAUCUUCUUCCUCGCCGAGGUCGAAGGGUACCUGCAGGUCGAGGUAGUGGCAGGCCUAUGGGAGGGCUUUCAGAGAUGGCUCACAACAGGUAGUGACGAGCACCGGCCGCCAGAGUCUACGAGGCCGUCGCGCAUGCCGUCGCGCGUGCCGACGCCAGCCCCUCCGGUUGACCCGGAUGCGAUGGACGAAGACGACGACGAGGACAUGUGGCUUGCCGAAGGCGUCAAGACACCGCGGGCACGGGACCACGUGGCGGAGGACAAGCACCCCCACGACCCCCAGACGCUGGCUUCUGCGCACCGGCUGUACCUGGCCACCCUCAUCCGGCGGCUGCUGCUGACCCACCAGGACUUCACGGACCCGCUUUACAACCUCCUCGUCGAGAUGGACCAACUCGUGGCUCUGGUCCACCGAAUGCAGGAGAUCUGGAACGCCAUAGAUCUCGAGGAAGACGUGGGCGUGGUGGACGCGUUUGUCGACCUGGAGCGCGAAGAGCGCGACAUCAAGGGCCGGAUCAAGUCCGUCGAGGACAAGACUAAGGCCGGGAUUGAAGGCGUCAUCACGGUGCUGCGGAACCUCGAGGCGGAUCACGAGGGCCUGGCCUGGGGGAGCGAUGAUGCUGGCGAGGACGGCGAUGGAGGCGCUGGCCUCAGGGAAGAGGGACAGUACGUGCCCCGGCGGGUGGGCGGGUUAGAUCGGUUAUUGAUGAAGCUGGACUUUGGGAGCUGGUUCAACCGUGGGGGUGUUGCAGAAGCAGCCGUUGCAGGCCGGGAGACAUGA